GGCACCGAAUCACCAGGCACGACAGUGGACUCUGACUCAAUUGGCACGACAGCGGGCACCGGGUCAUCAGGUACCGGAUUGUCUGGCUCGACAGCGGGCAUCGUGUCACCAGGUAUGACAGCGGGCACUGGGUCACCAGGCAUCAGGUCAUUUGGCUCGCCAGCGGGCACCACGUCAUCUGGCAAGGCAGUGGGCACCGAGUCACCAGGCACGACAGCGGGCUCUGAGUCAACUGGCAUGACAGCGGGCACCGGGUCAUCAGGUACUGGAUUGUCUGGCUCGACAGCGGGCAUUGGGUCACCAGGCCUAAUAGGAUCGUCAGCUGGAUCAGUUCAUCAGGCUGAAUGCAGGCAUCCGGCUGAGUAAAGGCAUCAGGCUGAGUAGAGGCAUCGGGCUGAGUAGAGGCAUCAAGGCAUCAGGCAGAGUAGAGGCAUCAGUCUGAGUAAAGGCAUCAGGCUGAGUAGAGGCAUCAGGCUGAGUAGAGGCAUCAGGCUGAGUAGAGGCUUCAGGCUGAGUAGAGGAUCAGGCUGAGUAGAGGCUUCAGGCUGAGUAGAGGCUUCAGGCUGAAGAGAGGCAUCAGGCUGAAGAGAGGCAUCAGGCUGAGUACAGGCAU